UCCAAAACGUACCAAACCCAACCCCCACAAAAAUAAAACACCAUAUCAUCUUCUCUUCAAUUCUUCUUAGCUAGCUUCAUCUUAUCAUAUCCUCGUCGCCUAGUCAUUUUUCCAGAUUCUCUACCAUCAUUACAAGUUACAAGAAUCCUGGCGGCAGGCCACAGAUCAGAGAAAAAUUAAACCACAUUAAUUGUUAUCCUAAUCGUAAUGGUGCAGGGCGAGCAGGUCUAAGAAUAAUGGCGCUAAUUCCUCCGUGGCUGGAGCCGCUGCUGAAGACGGCGGAAUUCUUCUCCCCGUGCCGCAGCCACGCCGCCGCCGCCAAGAACGAGUGCAACCUCUUCUGCCUCGACUGCUGCAAUGCUGCCGCCUUCUGCCUCUACUGCCGCUCCUCCAAACACAAAGAUCACCGAGUCAUUCAGAUACGGAGAUCGUCGUACCAUGAUGUGGUGAGGAUAUCGGAGAUUGAGAGGGUGUUGGAUAUCAGCGCAGUGCAGACGUAUGUGAUAAACAGCGCCAGGGUUUUGUUCUUGAACGAGAGGCCUCAGCCCAAGAAUAACAAUAACAAUAGUAAUGGUGGGAAAGGAGGAGGCGGAGCUUCUCACAUUUGUGAAAUCUGUGGAAGAACCCUAUUGGAUCCUUUUCGUUUCUGUUCUUUGGGGUGUAAGCUUGUGGGAAUAAAGAGGAAUGGAGAUGCAAGCUUUACCAUAGAUUCCAAGAAUGAGAUGGCAAUGCAAAGAGGUGAAGGAUCAAAAGGUGGAGAACAAUUGCGUGAAGGUUCACAACAUGACAUAUACCCACUCACGCCUCCUCCUCCUCAUUCUAAUGCAAGGAGAAGGAAAGGCAUUCCUCAUAGGGCACCCUUUUCUGCCUAAUAAUCACAAUUUGUAUUUACCUAACACCGCCCCUUGAAUUACAUUAUUCAAAAAUUAAAAAUUACUCAUAGAAAUUUCAUUUUUCUUUUACCUUCUUAA